AUGAUAAAACAAUUAAUUUCCUCAAUAAUUGAAUGUGAAAAGGCUUUAGAAAACAUAAGAAUUGAAUUAAAUCAAUAGUCCUUAUUUUCUUUGAAACCCAUCAUGGAUAGAUUUGACCAACAAAAUAAAGGACAUAUAACUUCUUACGAUAUUCUUCAAUUUUGUUAAGAUAACGAUAUUUAAUGCCAGCAUUAUGAUGCUUUUUUAUGCGUCAAAUAUUUUGAUGUUAAUAAAGAUGGCAGAGUUACUUUUGAAGAGUAUGAGACCAUUAUUAUAUAGCUUUACUAUUUAAAUGCUAUCGAAAACUAAUCGUGAAAUAAGAUUUGUGGCUGCAGUCAGAGAGCCUUACUUUAUUGAAAAAUAGAUGUGUUUGCCUGAAAUAAUAGAGACUGGUUUAUCUUAUUUCUUUGGAGAAUUGUUAAUCUAUUUAAGGGAGUAAUUAGAAAUUAAAAUGCUUUUAGAAAAAGAAAACUUUAAUUAUUUUAAACUUUUUCAAUAAUUAGAUAAGAGUAACAAUGGAAUUAUUCAUAUGAAUGAUUUUUAAAAAUAUUUUAAUUUAACUCAAGAAGAUACAAACUAUUUUUUUAUGAUGGGUAAUCAUAAUGAAACUAUUGAUUAAAUAAAUUUAUUGGAUAUAUUUGUAAUAACUCAGUUGAAAUCUGAAAAUAUUAGUAAAGAAAAACUUUUAUCACCAUUAAAACAAAAUAAUUUUUAACAAUCUAUCUAUGAAAAUGAUAAUUCAUUUCAAUCUCCUGAAUAAAGAUCAACAGUAAAAUACAGAAAAGCUUAACUCAAACUAUUAAAUAGUGAAUAAACUCAUAGUAAUGCCAGUAGUGUUUUUGUUGAUGAAUUAACUAAAAAAUUAUAGGAUUUUACAUUUACUCCUAAAUCAAAUGAUAAUAAUAAGUAUUAAAUAGAAUUAAUAAAUUUUGAUAAAGUUGUUUAUCAAUAAUUAUAUCAAUUGUUACUUAAAUGUAAAUUAUUAUCUAAAACAUAAUUAAAAUUAAUUUAGAGAAUUGAUUUUUGUUGCAAGUCUGUUUUCAAAUUUUUUGAUCAUGAAAAUAAAGAUUUUAUUACAGAACAAGAUUUCUAUUCAGGUUUUAGAAGAUUAAGAAUUCAAAUCAAAGGUUUAGUAAGAGAUUUAAUAUUAAGUUAUGGUUAAAAUUCUCAAAUAAAUUAUCAAUAAUUCAAAAAAUUAUUUUAUAUUGAUCAUCAUGUAGAUUCUAAUGAAAGUCAACAAUCUAAUCCUUAAUUAUUUAGCAAUGUUACUAUUGAUUACAUUAGAUAAUUAUUUUAAGAACAAAUUGAUAUAGAAUAAUUUAAAAAAGGCUUUAUUUCAAAUCUAUUAAAAAAAGUAAAAACUAAUGAUGAUGCUAUAAUUAUUACAAAACAAGUUCAAGAUCUUUUUAAUAAAUACAAUGCAUAUCCAAACGAUAGAGAAUUAGCAAUAUUAACAAAUUAAUUGUAAAUUUUAUAAAUUUGA